CGGUUUCCACCCUGCUUUAAAUACAGUAGCAACACAGUCGCUGAACAGACAGAGUAAACGGUCGAUGCAAAAUUACUAGAGACAAGACCAGACAACAUCAAUUCAGCACCACAUAUAUGAGGAUCGACUAAUGCGAUGACACCCUAACGCGUCUGCCGCAACCCACAGUCAGACCAUGAACUAUGUGGGUCAGCUGGCCGGUCAGGUGUUCGUGCAGGUGAAGGAGCUGUACAGAGGCCUGAACCCUGCCACCCUGUCUGGCUGUAUUGAUGUUAUUGUGGUGCGUCAGCCCAAUGGCACACUGCAGUGCUCACCUUUUCACGUCCGCUUUGGCAAGAUGGGAGUGCUGCGCUCCCGGGAGAAAGUGGUUGACAUUGAGAUAAAUGGGGAGCAGGUCAGUUUACACAUGAAACUGGGUGAAAAUGGAGAGGCGUUCUUUGUAAAAGAAACAGAAAACAAUGAGGAGAUGGUGCCAUCCCACCUGACUACAUCACCCAUCAUUUCAGAAGGCUCAGCUCUAAUGGAGGCCCAGAUGGGAAAAGACACGUCCCGUCUGUCUGAGUCUGGAACCGGAACCUCCAUUCAAACCCUGGGCCCCACACAGGUCUCUGGAGACAGCUCAAUGAUGAAGAAGAGGAGAAAAAGGAGGAGAAAAUCUAAAGUGGACAGCAUGAAACAAGAGGAUAAUGGAGACUUCUCAGAAGAUGAGGACAUGUUUCCCAUCGAUAUGAGUUCUGAUGAAGAAAAAGAGGCUACAAGCAUUAGAGCCAUGUCACAUGAGCUGUUUGCUGAGCAGGUGAAAGGAAGCUCCACAACCACCACAUACACACAGUCUGAAAGAAAGUGGACCGGUGUUAAGAGCUCUGGGUUGGCGAAGACAUGCUCCUUACCCAUUCCCACCAGUGCAGGAUUAUCCAUCUCCUGUCCCCAUCAGACAACCAUCUUCCAGUCAACACAUAGCAGUCCAAAUGGCUCCUUGCCCUCAACACCCAAGAGUGACUCAGAGUUACUGGCCAGUCAGAGGGCUGAAGGGAAUUCAGACAACCCUAAGAUGCUGUGGACAUGGGGAGAGCUGCCUCACGCUGCCAAGCCUUCAUUCCUGCAAUCCAUAUCAGAGCCCAUGGUGGUGACUCCAGGGUCAAUCCCACCGUCUGCCAGCACACACUUUAGAGCCAUCACUAGAGGUGGGAUGGUGGAGUGUCAGGGCAGUGAUCUCCAUUUGUAUGUGCCAGAUCUCAGGGCUGGAGAGGGGGCAUCUGCACCUGCUGUAGAGUUGGAGGCCAUCAGAGAAGCCACUCAUAUAAUCCCAGAACUAGAGGAGGGCCGCCACAGUCCUGGAGCUCAUGCCAUUAGCAACACUGACUCUCCAUCCAAGAGAAAAGACAAAAGGAGCCGGCAUCUUGGAUCAGAUGGGAUAUACCUGGAUGACAUCAUAGAGUUGGAACCUGAGGUGGCAGCCCUGUACUUUCCAAAGAGUGAUGUAGCAACUGCAUUGAGGAGCGGGAAAGAUCCGAGGAGUGCCAAUCAAUCCCCUCAGUCAGUGGGCAGCAGUGGAAUAGACAGCGGAGUGGACAGCUUUUCUGAUCAGUUAGGAGACUUGCCUAAUAUUGCCAUCUCUCUGUGCGGAGGACUGUCGGAAAACAGGGAGAUCACUAGAGAGGAAUUUGAGGAACGAGCAAUAUCCUAUCAGGAGUUUGCAGAUAAUCCAUCUAUUAUUGAUGAUCCCAACCUGGUUGUAAAGAUUGGAACCAAGUAUUAUAACUGGACCACAGCUGCUCCUAUUGUACUGGCCAUGCAGGUUUUCCAGAAGCCCUUGCCAAAGGCCACGGUGGAGAACAUUAUGAAGGAGAAGAUGGCCAAGAAAGGAGGACGCUGGUGGUUUUCAUGGAGGGGCAGAAAUAGCAGCUCCAAGUCGGAAUCAGCAUCAGACCAGAUUGAGAGUGGAGAGCAGGUUAUAAGAACAGACGCUAUUGGCAGUUUAAAGGAUGAAUCAUCAUCCAGUGAAGAUGACUGUGGAGCUUCUAAGCAGAAUCCUGUGAGCAACCAGCCUGAAGCUCUUCUCAGCUCUGGUGGCCACUACUACAGGAAGACUCUACGUUUGUCAUCAGAACAGCUAGCCAGUCUGAAUCUAAAAGAUGGCCCUAAUGAUGUGGUCUUCAGUGUCACCACCCAGUAUCAGGGCACCUGCCGCUGUGAGGGCACCAUUUAUUUGUGGAGCUGGGAUGACAAGAUAGUGAUUUCCGACAUUGAUGGCACCAUCACAAGAUCUGACACCCUGGGACACAUUUUGCCAACUCUGGGUAAAGACUGGACCCAUCAGGGCAUUGCCCGACUCUACCACAGAGUUAGCCAGAAUGGUUACAAGUUUAUGUACUGUUCAGCACGGGCAAUAGGGAUGGCUGAUAUGACCAGGGGCUAUUUGCACUGGGUUAAUGAAAGAGGCACCAUGCUACCUAUGGGACCUGUACUGCUAAGUCCCAGCAGUCUAUUCUCUGCAUUUCACAGGGAGGUCAUUGAGAAGAAGCCAGAGAAGUUUAAAAUCGAAUGUCUGACGGACAUUAAAAACUUGUUCUAUCCAAACACAGAGCCCUUCUAUGCUGCUUUUGGAAACAGGGCAACAGAUGUUUAUUCAUAUAAAGAGGUGGGAGUGCCUUUGAACAGAAUAUUUACUGUGAAUCCUAAGGGAGAGCUCAUUCAAGAACAUGCGAAGACCAACAUAUCAUCGUAUGGUCGCCUGUGUGAGGUCACGGACCAUGUCUUCCCUCCUUUGAUCAGAGGAAACACCACCGACUUACCCUGUUCAGACACUUUCAGUCAGUUUACCUUCUGGAGAGAGAAGUUACCAGAGGUUGACAAGCAGGAUCAGCAAACUGAAAGCAGCCGAAAGACAUAGUCACAAAAGCUAACAUGUCUAGGUAUUCCUCACCUACAAACUCAGCUCAAUUGCUGCACUGCCAUAAGGUAUUCCUUUACGCACAAGCAACAUAGCACUUUGCAGACUGCAUGCCGCCCUUUACCUGUUCCUACAUUAUCAUUUUAGUGUGCUAAUGUUUUGUUUUACUGGCAAGAGCCUGAAUUUAUUAGCAUAUAAUAUGCAGCUCAUAUUAGGGAUUUUUUUUAUUUAUUUAUUUUUUAUUUUUUUUAUGACUACAAUUAUUUUAGUGUCAAAUGCAUUAUUCAUUACCAAGCAGACAAUUACAUUAUGCUGUCAUAUAAAACUGUUUAAAGCCUAAGGUUGUUCUUAUAUGAGGGAAUAUGUUUAUUUAGUACAUAGUACAGCAGUGUUCUUCAGCAUUUAUCACAAAGCAAGAAAUUUGAAAGCUUCAAAACAUUAAUUAAAAAAUAUAUAAAAAUAAAUAAUUAAAAACCAACUCAGAUGUAGGUAUAAAGCCAGCACUAGCAUUUCUCAGGUAUUACAGAAUUAUAGUCAGAUAGUCUUUUGAAACUUAGUGACUUUUCAUAACAUCAAAGUAUUAACUGUCAAUUUGAAUUUUACUUUGACAUCUAAAUUACUUUACUAGUCUUUCCAUUUACUUAAGAACAAAACACAACAAACUUGAGUGGAUAUUACUUAAUUUUGAAUCAUCUUUGACAACUUUUUUUACCACGUAGACCACACUUUACAUUUUGCCAAAUGCUUGUUUGAUUAAUGCUUAUUAUUAUUAUAUGGAAACUUUGCAUUCCUUAGUUAUUUGUUUGUAUUUUAUGUAAGAUACACAACUCUGACCAGCAUUAACUAUGAAUCAUGCAAAAACUGAUUUUGUCAUACAUCAUACCAGCCAUACAGCAUGUUCAAGACAACAAAAACGUAACAAAAUAGCAAUGCAAAGAACACUCAGGUCAUGAAGUAUUCACUUCCUGUAUUAUUUCCUUCAUAUUAAUAUCAUAUUUAUUAUCUUAAAAAUCAUUUUGAUAAAAAUACAUCAUACAAUAUUUUCUAUACAUUUUUGUCAAAUAAUGCUUAUUUCAGAUUAUAAUACAAAGUCCUCAAAUUAAAGGUGAAUGUUAUGUUAAGCAGAAGGAUGUUUAUUUCAAGAAAUAUUCUCUCUUUUACUAACACAACUCCUCUCCCCAAUAGUGCGUGUUGUUUCAAUUGUGUCUAAUUAAAGGAUGAAAUGGAUAGUGUUUUUAAAGCACUGUAUAUUGGAAUAUAUUAUACUGUAUGUCUUUAGUGAAUGAAUAAGGGUUUUGUGUGAUAUGAAUAGAAAUUGAAAACAUGCUCUCACUAUUUGUUGCUCCUAUGACUUUAUUUAACCUACUAAGUGAAACUUAGUAUAUUCUACUGUGGUUUUCGAUGUGGUUUUCCAUGGUUAACAAGGAGCACAUUAAACAAGCACUGAUGUGGAUGCAUGAAUUAUGAAGGGCCUUACUGUUAAGGCAGUGCUCUCUAGUGACUAGCGGAUUUCAAAUGAACUGUGUAUAUUAACAUUAAUCGUGUCAUUAUACGGCAAAGAAAAUAUAGCGUAUGUGGUAUAGAUGUGUGCAACGUGAAAAUGCAAUUUGUACCGAUCUCUGAUUUGUUUGGUGGUCAGCGAUACAGAUCUGUUUUCACAUUAUAUUGACAGAGGACUGCUUCAGACUUACAACACUGUGAAUGAUCAGAUCAAAUGUUCUAGCUAUUGUCUUACACUAUUAGCCUCUUAUCCAAUUCAUUGAAAUUUCUUAUUCUAUCAAAUUCUGUGAAAGCUAAUACAAGAAUGUGGUACUCAUCCUAAGGGAUCUCAACAGGUUUCCAGCUAAUAUGAUAACCCAUAAUGUUCAGUUACAAAAACUUUUGUUUUGUUUGCAGUCUAUAUGGAAUUUCUAUAUUCUUUCUGUGAAAGAUUUUGUUGCCUAAGUUGAGUUUGGCAGUUGAGUUUGUGUUUCAUUAUGUUCAUUGCAGAGAUGUAAAAACUACUAUUGUGUGUAUAUUUAAAAAUGCCAAAUCUCUGUAAAAUGACAUUAAAAUCUUUUAGGAA